AGAAGGGGAUCUGAGAUUAAAGUAUUCUAGUGUUGUUGGGCGCGUGGACGCCCGGAUUGUGGCAUUUGGAGGUUGUCUCUGGUGCCCAACAUGAUCUUGAAGCAUCUUAAAACUAUCCUGCCUGCUCAGGACGGCGCUGCGAAGAUCACGGCCAUGACGUGGUCGCACAACAACGUGAAGCUGGCCGUGUGUACCUCCGACCGGGUCGUCAUCAUGUUCGACGAGAACGGAGACAAGAAGGACAAGUUCUCGACCAAGCCGAUCGACGCUAAAUACGGGAAAAAGAGCUACGUGGUGAAGGGCCUGGCCUUCUCUCCGGAUAGCACCAAAUUGGCCAUCGGCCAGUCGGACAACAUCAUCUUCGUCUACAAGAUCGGCGAGGACUGGGGCGAGAAGAAGGUGAUCUGCAACAAGUUCGUGCAGACGGCGGCCGUCACGUGCCUGGUGUGGCCGCUGGAGGGGCCGAUCGUGUUUGGCCUGGCGGACGGCAAGGUGCGCGGCGCCAACGUCAAGUCCAACAAGUCGCAGACGCUCUACCAGACCGAGUCGUACGUCGUCUCGCUGGCGCCCAACUCCAGCGGCACGGCAUUCCUCUCGGGCCACGCCGACGGCGCCGUGGUACGCUUCUACGUGUCCAAGGACGAUGAGCAGCUGCCGCAGGGUAAGAUUCUGACGCACAACGUGCCGCCCUACGCGCUCUGCUGGGCCAACAACCACAUCGGCAUCGGCGGCUGCGACCGCAAGUUCAUCUUCUACACGAAGGAGGGUCGCCUGGGGCAGCAGUUCGACUACGCCCGGGACGACACGGAGAAGGAGCUGACGACCACCGUGUGUAGUCCCAGCGGCCAGAGCGUGGUGGUGGGCAGCUUUGACCGGCUGCGCGUCUUCGACUGGAGCCCGCGGCGCAACCUCUGGGAGGAGUCCAAGGUGAAGGAAAUCAAGAACCUGUACACGGUCACCAGCCUGACGUGGAAGCGGGACGGCUCCCGCGUCGUCUGCGGCAGCCUGUGCGGCUCCGUCGAGCUCUUCGACUCGGCGCUCAAGCGCGCCGUGUGGAACGACCGGUGGGAGAUGACGUACGUCGGCCCGUCCCAGGUGCUCAUCAAGCCGCUCAAGGGCGGCGGUCGCGGCGUCAUCCUCAAGUCCCAGUACGGCUACGAGAUCGAGGACGUCAAGUUCAUGGGUAAGGAGCGGUACCUGGUGGCGCGCACCACCGAGACGCUGCUGGUGGGCGACCUCUCGCGCAACCUGCUCUCCGAGGUGCCCUGGAUGGACACCAGCGGCAACGAGAAGUUCUUCUUCGAGAAUGCCAACUGCUGCAUGAUCUUCAACGCCGGCGAGCUGAGCAUCAUCGAGUACGGCAACAACGAGCUGCUGGGCUCCGUCAGGACCGAGUUCAUGAACCCGCACUUGAUCAGCGUCCGCAUCAACGAGCGCAGUCAGAAGGGUGUCGAGGACAACAAGAAGAUGGCCUACCUGGUGGACCUGAAGACCAUCACCAUCAUCGACCUGGUGUACGGCGUCAACCUGGGCGUGGUGUCACACGACACCAAGAUCGACUGGCUGGAGCUGAACGAGACCGGCCACAAGCUGCUCUUCCGCGACAAGCGGCAGCGGCUGCAACUGGUCGACAUCGAGACCAAGACCAACACGGUCAUCCUCAACUACUGCACGUUCGUCCAGUGGGUGCCCGGCAGCGACGUGGUGGUGGCGCAGAGCCAGUCCAACCUCUGCAUCUGGUACAACAUCGACGCCCCGGAGAGGGUCACCAUGUUCCCCAUCAAGGGCGACAUCAUCGACAUCGACCGCAGCGACAACAAGACCGAGGUGAUCGUGCAGGACAGCCGCCAGGAGUACUCGUACACGCUGGACGAGGGCCUGAUCGAGUUCGGGACAGCCAUCGACGACGGCGACCUGCUGCGCGCCAUGAACUUCCUCGAGUCGCUGGAGCUGACGCCCGAGGCCGAGGCCAUGUGGCGCACCCUCGGCCGGCUGGCCGUUGAGAGCGAGCAGCUGCACAUAGCCGAGCGAUGUUUCGCCGCGCUCGGGGACGUCUCCAAGGCCAAGUACCUACGGGAGAUCAUCAUGCUGGCCGAGCAGGUGGCGCAGAAGCUCGGUCAUGGUGACGGAAUGGACUUUUACGAGGUGAAGGCGCGCAUGGCCGUCUUCAACCGACAGUUCAAGGACGCCGAGGCCAUCUACCUGGACAACAACCAGGUGGACAGCGUCAUCCGCAUGUACCAGAACAUGAACAAGUGGGAGGAAGCGCUGAACGUGGCCGAGACGCGGCGGCACCCGGACCUGCCGCAGCUGCGCGCCAACUACCACCAGUGGCUGAUGACCACCCGGCAGGAGGAGAAGGCCGGCGAACUCAAGGAGCAGGAAGGCGACUACCUGCACGCCGUGCAGCUGUACCUGCGCAGCGGCCUGCCGGCCAAGGCCGCCAGGGUGACGCUCAACACGCCCGACCUGGCCAACAACGUGGGCCUCAUCAACGGCAUCGCGCAGGCGCUCAUCACGGCCGAGCUGUUCGAGAAGGCCGGCGAGAUGUACGAGCGCGUCAACGAGCUGGAGCCGGCGCUCGACUGCUACCGCAAGGGCAACGCCUACUCGCGCUGCGUGGCGCUUGCCCGCUCCAACUUCCCCGCAGUGGUGGUGCAGCUGGAGGAGGAGUGGGGCGACCACCUGGUCUCCAAGCGCGAGCUGGACGCCGCCAUCAACCACUACAUCGAGGCGGGCAAGACCAUUAAGGCGCUGGACGCGGCUGUGCACGCGCGCCAGUGGAAGAAGGCCAUGCAGAUAGUACAGGGGUACAUGUCCGAAAAUCCUGGAGCUGUGCAGAAAAAGAAGAAGAAGAAGAAGAAACAGGCGGCCGGCGGCGACCAGGACAUCUCGCCCUACCUGCUCAAGCUGGGCGGCCACUUCGCCCAGAUCGGCGACCACGCCACCGCCGAGAAGCUCUUCAUGGACGGCGGCAUGUUCAAGGAGGCCAUCGAGAUGUACAACAACGCAGGCAAGUGGGACAAGGCGUACUCGAUCGCGCGCCAGUACAUGCAGCCGGAGGAGGUGAGCCACAUGUACAUCCAGCAGGCGGCCCAGCUGGAGGAGCAGGGCAAGUUCCGCGACGCCGAGAAGCUCUACAUCACCGUGCAGGAGCCCGACUUGGCCAUCACCAUGUACAAGAAGCAGCGGCAGUACGAUCACAUGAUGCGGCUGGUGACGGAGCACCAUCCGGAGCUGGUCAACCAGACGCACGUGCACCUGGGCGGCGAGCUGGAGAACGAGAACAACUACAAGGAGGCCGAGAAGCACUACGUGGCCGGCGGCGACUGGAAGGCGGCGGUCAACAUGUGGCGGGGUCUGGAGAGCUGGGAGGAUGCCUUCAGGGUGGCCAAAAACUCGGGCGGCAACAACGCGGCCAAGCAGGUGUCGUACCUGUGGGCGCGCACCAUGGGCGGCGAGUCGGCCGUCAAGCUGCUGCGCAAGCUCGGCUACCUGGACCAGUGCAUCGAGUACGCCUGCGAGAGCCUCCAGUUCGACUUCGCGUUCGAGCUGGCUAAGGGGAGCCAGGCGAGUAAGACCCAGGAGAUCCACUACAAGCAAGCCAUGGCGCUGGAGGACGACGGCAAGUUCCCCGACGCCGAGGAGGCCUUCAUCCGGGCCGGCAAGCCGCGUGAGGCUGUGCUCAUGUACGUGCACAACCAGCAGUGGCCGGCGGCGCAGCGCGUGGCGGAAAACUACGACCCGGACUCGGUGCCCGACAUCCUGGUGGGCCAGGCGCGCCAGGCGUUCCAGGAGCAGAACUACAGCAAGUUCGAGUCGCUGCUGCUGCGCGCCGGCCGCUCGGAGAUGGCCAUCGGCCUUUACAAGGAGGCCAACAUGUGGCAGGAGGCGCUGCGGGUGUGCCGCGAGUACGCGCCGCACAAGCUGGACGAGCUGCAGGAGGAGUACGACAAGAACGUGAUGAAGCAGACCGGCACCAGCACGGCCAGCGGCGACGUCAAGCUGCUGCUGGAGCAGGCCGCCAAGUGGGAGCAGACGGACGAUGUCGCCAAGGCUAUCGACUGCUACAUGAAGAUCAACCCGUCCAUGACGCAGGACCGCGCCAUCGUGGAGAGGGCCUGGACCAGCGCCGCCGAGCUGGCCAUCAAGUUUCUCGGCGCCGUCAAGGGGCCGAAGCUGGCCGCCGAGCUUGGCAAACGUCUGCUGGAGAUCGGCGCUAACAACGCGGCCGCCCAGGUGUUCCUCGGCUCGGACAACAUCAAGGAGGCGAUCAAGGCCCUGGUGCUGGCCUCCGAGUGGGACAAGGCCAAGAAGAUCGCGCAGGAGAUGGACCCCAGCCUCCUGAAGGCCGUGGAGGAGAAGUACAAGGAGUUCCUCAAGAACGAGGGCCAGGCGGACGCCCUGGCCAGCGUGGACGUCAUCCAGGGUCUGGACAUGUUUGUCCAGAAGGGUCAGUGGCAGAAGUGUAUCGAGAUGGCCAAGGAGCACGGAUCGCAGGUGCUGCACAAGUACCUGGCCCUGUACGCCGCGCACCUGAUCAAGGAGAACUCGCCGGUCGAGGCUCUCAAGCUGUACGUCAAGAACGGCGCGCCGGCCCAGCCGCAGAACUACAACAUCUACAAGUACAUCACGGUCAGCAUGUUCGGCCAGCACGCGCUGGCCACGGCCGAGAGCUACAAGGUGUGGUCGGAGCUCCGCGAGUUUCUGUUUGACUUGGUGGGCAACAUGAACCACCGGGCCGAGGCUUUGGCUCCGCGGUGCAACGAGGCGUUCCAGAACCACUGCUGUUCGUGGCCACAUGCUGCCACCCGGUCGGCCGGCAAUACGAAGGUGGGCUGGGAGAACAUGGCGUUCGUCUGCUGGAACCACUUCCUGGACCUGUGCGAGGCCAUCGAGGAGGGCUCGCUCGACACCAUCGACCACAGCGACUUCGCCAACACGGACGUGCCGUUCGAGAUCCCGCUGCCGCCCAAGGCCAACGUCGAGCAGGGCGACACCGAGAGCGCCAAGGAGUGGGUGCUGGCCGUCAGCAUGGACCAGUCGGUGGAGCAGGAGCUGCCACAGGACGAGCGCGGCUGCUACGCCGCCAGCCUCCUCAACCCGGACGGCAGCAAGUCGCCGCCGUGCGUCGUCACCGGCUACCCGGUGCUCAAGAACAAGAUGGAGUUCCAGUACGGCAAGGUGGCCAACAAGGACGACUGGAACUCGCUGGUGAUGACGGCCAAGAUGACCAACAGCGUGGAGCUGACGGAUGUGCUCCGCUUCGUCGGCACGUGGGCCGGCACCGGGCAGCAGGGCUACGCCUUCAAGUAGUGCCCGUCAGCCGCACCCAGGCCGCCGGCAGGCCCGACCCGACCGGUGGUCUCAUGAGACGCGUUUCUCGCGUCGGCUUUCGCUGAUCUCGUGUUGCCGGUCUGCGUGUGUUACGGGCGGAGGCGCCCGCGCCACCGCCGCGCGGUCACGUCGCCGCUGUUUUUUUCGUGAGGGAUUUCGAACGUUAGCACGUCACACCGCUGUCAUUGUAUACAUUCCGUGAAGCUCGCUAA